CAGCCUCAGACCGCUCCGCGCUCUCCUCUGACGGAUCGGUUUAAUCCGACCAUCAGCCCGAUCGAUCACCGCUGAUUAGCCCGGAUCGGUUUAGUCCGGCACGGACCGCCAUGUCGUCCAGUCCGCAGCACCAGAACCAGGAGCAGAACGAGGAGAGGAAGGAGGAGGAGGAGGAGGAGGAGGCGAAGGCUGCGGAGGAGAAGGAGGUAAAAAAUGAGGAGGCGAAAGAGGAAGAGGAAAAGAGCAAAGAACAUAAAGAGGAGAAGAAGGAGAACAACAAGGAGAAGGAGUCAUGGAAGGACUUUCUCUACAACCCGAGGACCGGAGAGUUCCUGGGCCGGACCGCCAGCAGCUGGGGUCUCAUCGUCCUCUUCUACCUCAUCUUUUACGGCUUUUUGGCGGGAAUGUUUUCUCUCACCAUGUGGGUGAUGCUGCAGACCCUGGAUGAGAAUGUGCCCCGGUAUCAGGACCGAGUGGCCAAUCCAGGUUUGGUGAUUCGUCCUCACGCAGCCGAGAUCUCGUUCAACCGCAGCGACCCGACAGACUACAACCGCUACAUCCAACAACUGCACGAGCUCCUGCAGCAUUACAACGACAGCGUUCAGGAGCGUAACGACCUGUGUUUGGUGGGUGAAUACACCGAACAGGAUGAGGAGCCCGUAAAGAGGGCGUGUCAGUUCAAACGUAGCACGCUGCGUCAGUGCUCUGGUCUGCCCGACACCAGCUUUGGAUACGCCGACGGGAAACCCUGCAUCAUCAUCAAGAUGAACCGGGUCGUUGGACUGAAACCACGAGGAGAUCCCUACAUCAACUGUACUGCCAAAAGAGACAGUCAGAUGCAGAUGCAGUACUUCCCAUCAGAAGGUCGGCUGGAUAAAAUGUUUUUCCCCUACUACGGCAAGAAAGCACACCCUGACUACGUGCAGCCUCUGGUCGCAGUCAAGUUGUUGCUAACGAAAGACGACUACAACGUCGAGCAGACGGUGGAGUGUAAAGUCGACGGCUCAGACCUGCGUAACAAUGACGAUCGGGACAAGUUUCAGGGUCGGGUCACCUUCCGGGUCAAAGUGUCAGAGUAACGAGGUUUGCUGGUUGCCGUGGACACCACAAACACUGUAAAUGAAGCUCUAGUUCAGGACACGGUUUAAUCCAGACCCGAUUUAUUCCUGGAUGUCUGAACGUGGGUUCAUCCUGUUGAGAGUCUAAUGAGGAAACCAGAUCUGGACCACCGAACCAGAACCCUGCACACCUGAUUCCGGUGCGGAUCGGAUCAUGGUUUGGUCCUGAUCCUGGUAAACCCAGAUCUUUACCUUGGCGGUCCAGAUGUGCUCUUCCUCAGACCAAACAGGAACCAGAGAGACCGUGGUUGGACCCGCUCAGACAGCUGGAGCAGAUCAGGUCUGCUGCUGAAGCAUGUGAACCAUCUGUACCAUGAAGUGUUGUUUUUAAUGUGUAAAUGUGAUGUAAUGAAACUAUGAAAUGAUCCAAGCACAAAGUCACUUCACCAUCAGACGCACUGGAAUCACAGGGACAGCUCCUCACCGGCUGCUCAGUAAUCCGAUUACUCUCCCUCCACUCUGAAGCACAGUGUAUGACAUGUAUGGCAGUAAUCUGAUUACUGAAGGGUUGCAGGAUAAAUCAAGCUCUGAUUAAUUCAAACUACCACAAGAAAACCCGAUUUUUCACAGAUCAGUAACAAAUCUCAGGGUUUGGGUUAAAAAACGUUAACGCUAAUUCCAGUUUCCUGUCUGAGAGUGAAGCUUCAGUGUUAACCCCGCUCCCCGUCAUAUGAUCAGAGAUAAGUUUAAGUUUGUCACAGUAAAAAUGUUUAAAUAUAUAAUUUAUGAAUAGAAUCACUGUUUCCCACCAAAUGUUUUGGUUUUUUUUGUGUGUGAUUCCUGCUUCUAGUGUCGUGUGAUCAUUGAACAAGAUGACAUCAUCAGCAGAGGUCCAAUCAGCCUUCAGUAAAUCUGUUUCAUCAUCAUUAUAAAUCUGUUUUCCAGAGAAGAAAAAUGAGAACCGCGAUAAAACGUCUGUUUCAAAUAAAAGGUGAAGAUCACGCGACCUCGUCUGUUGUCGUAGAAACAUGUUUCCAUCGUGUCGCAUCAUGUUUUGUCUCAGUCUCUACCACAAAUUUCACGGCACAGCAAAGAGGGAGAGCGCUAACCCUCGCCACAGGGGGGCGCAACUGUGCAGGAGGUUUUCAGUUCAAAUAAAUGGAUCAGUACAGUUAAGAACAUACGUGUUU